ACCGUUCAUGGAAGCGAUGCUGCCGAGCAAGAACGCUAGCGGGCUGAGCUACGUCAGCUUUACCACGUGGGGCACGGCAUUGGCGAAAUGGUUCUACGACUGUCCACUGCCGACGACCAACGGCACGGCGAUGAUUGAUGGUAGCGAGCUGCAGCAGGAGUACGAUGGCAAGCAGCGGUUGCUGGACCAUCUGAAGGCGGUACCGCGGUGGAUUGAUCCACCGGUCAACUUUACGGGCGUUCAAAUUUCGCACAUGUACGUGCAAGGGUUCGUUUACGACCAGACCACCAACCUGAUCGAGCUGUCCGGUGCGAUGGGACUGUCGUGGCAGGAUAAACGCUACCGCUGGAACGCAUCCGACUUCGACAACGUAACCGUGGUCGGUGACGUGUGCCGCACGAUCUGGACACCGGCCUUCGAACCGGUGAGCCUGUUCACGGGACCGCUCGCGCUCUGCUUCCUCUCGCAGGAAGGCACGGUAAUAGUGGAGAUCGAG